AACUCUGGGUGAAAUUUAAUUGAGGAGGGCUGAUUUCUCUCGGGGCCGCGCCUGCUCGGAUAUAUGCGGCGGUGCGUAGAAGGGCCGGCAGCGAUUCGUGGCUGACGCGGAGCAGGAGAUGACAUCUCCGAUCCCUCGCAUCAGAUAGGCUGGCCGGAGGUCGCCCCCUUUCAAUAGCUCAGCAGCACCGCGACUGCAUUGCCUCAGUCGCAGCGAUUCGGCGGCGUGCGUACGCGUGCGUUAUUAAUACGAAGACAGCCACCCACCCGCCCGGUCCCUGUUCGGUACGGCCCGCUGCAACGCAGACUUUUUUUUCGACAACAGCCGAGUCUUGCCUCGCAUAGCCACGCACGUAGAGAGAAAGGGACAGACAGACGACGAGGAGGAGGAAUAGAGACAGAGACAGCGUUUUCACGACUUCAGAAGUACGGCUCAAACGCUCGCCGCGAAUCGACUCGAGGGAAGUGAAGUCAGCGCAGAUCGUUCUAUAGCGCUCCGUACAAUACGAAGUGGGGAAGGGUUGUGUGUGUGUGGGGGGGGGAGUUAUUGCUCGUUGCAGAGACAGACGUUCAGGGAAAAGUUUGAGCUCGUGGCCGCUGGUGCCCGCCGUCGGCUUUUAAAUGCAGUGUCGAGAAGAUCUGUGCGUUUUGAACUCCGUGCAACUGACAUCGUCCUCCUCUCGACCGUUACCCGACUCGUGCGCCACUGCAAAUCUCUCGGCCAUGAACCAGUCGCCCACGAUGGACGCCUCCUCGUACCUGGCUCUCAAGCAGUCGUCGCUAAAGGAUUCCCCGGACAAGUCGAGCGGCGAAUCGGUGUCCGAGCGAGACGGAGGAGGCACGCCUGGCGUCAAGGCGGCCAAGAAGAGGCGCAAUCGGACGACCUUCACGAGCUACCAGCUCGAGGAGCUGGAGAAGGUCUUCCAGAAGACCCACUACCCGGACGUGUACGCUCGAGAGCAGCUCGCACUGCGCACAGACCUCACGGAAGCGCGAGUGCAGGUAAGGGCACGUGACAUCAUCCGCUCAUGA